AUGUCAGAAGGAAAUCAACCAAAAAGAGUAUUAGGAUUACCAGAUGUUGAUCCAUCACAACAAGAUACAUUUGAAACACCUGAUCCACCAGAAUCAAUCUCAAAUUUGGCAGAUGAAUCAUCAGAAUUAGUAAAUGAAAGUAUUGAUAGAUCAUCACUUAAACCAGCAAAAUCACAUUUAAAAUUUGCAAAUAGAAAAUUCAAUAAUGAUAAUGAAGAUUUUUCAGAUUCAAUUUAUAAAAAGUCAGUACCAAGAACUGGUGGAUUACUUAAAAAUCAAACCGUAUUCGAUAUAUUACCAUCAGAUGAGAGUAAAGUUGAAACACCACUUCAAAAAUUUCAAAGACUUCAAUAUGAAGUUAUGAGUUUUAGAGAAGAAAUGCAGGUAAUUGCUGAUAAUGGUGGUGAAGUUGAAAAAGAUAUUAAAGGUGUUGAUUUAACACAUCAAUUAGCAGAUUUACAAAAUCAAUUAUCACAUUUAUUAGAGAAUGAAAAAUUACAACCAAUUUUAGACGAAAAUAAACAAGUAAUUCAUUAUUCUCAAAUUCAAAAUAAUUCUUCUAAAAAGCUAAUUUCUGAAAUUGAAUCAUUUACACAACAAUCAUUAUCAUCAUCAACAACUGAACAAAAUACACAACAACCAUCAAAUAAUAAUACAACUACCAAUAUAACAUCAUCAUCAUCAAUAACACCAAAUCAUGUUACUUAUGAAUUAUUUUAUACUGGUGAACAAUCAAAAUCACAACAACUUCAAAGAAUUCAAGAUCUUGAAAAAAGAUUAGCAAAAUUAGAAACUGCAACUGGAAAUAAAACUACCGACUCUGUACCAAUAACUCAAUCAAUUUUAGAGAUUAAGGAGAAAUUAUCUUUAUUAGAUACCACUAAAAUUGAUGUUUUACAACAAAAAAUGAAAACAGUUUCAAAAGAAAUGGAAUCAUUAAAAAUUCAGGAUGAAACAUCAACAAAAGCAUUAACAACCAAUGAAAAGAAGAUUAAUGAUAUAUUUGAAACAAUGAAUAAAUGGGAUAUAGUUGGACAACAAGUACCAGCUAUUAUAAAUAGACUCUACACUUUGAGAUCUUUACAUGAAGAGGGUAUCUCAUUCUCUAAUCAUGUUUCAAAUUUAGAAAAACAACAAAACGAUAUCACCUCACUUUUAAUAUCAAAUAGUUCUUUAAUGAAUAAAAUGGAUGAUUCAUUUAAAUCAAACCUUUUAACAAUUAAAUCAAAUAUUCAACAAUUAGAAUCAAGAAUAGAAACAUUACAAAAUAGACAACAACAACAACAACAAUAA